CGGGCGGCACGUGAUCCCGGCGCCGACAUGGCGGCGCCCAGAGGGGUCGCGCGCGGGGUGUUCCUGCUGCUGGGAAUGUGGAUGGGAAUGGGAAUAGCGGGAACAGCCGGGGCUGCCGAGGCCGGGAGCUGCGGGUGCGGCGGCGGCCGGGCCGCCGGGGACGGGCGGGAGCUGGCGGCGCGGCGCUACUCGGCGGCGGCGGCGGCUGCGGGCAGCGGGUGGAGCGGCGGGCACGGGCCGAUGGUGGCGGUUCCAGGAGGGGUGUUCACCAUGGGCACCCAGGAGCCUGCAAUCCCGCAGGAUGGGGAGGGCCCUGCCAGGAGAGUCCACCUGAAGAGCUUCUACAUGGAUCAGUACGAGGUCAGCAACGAGCAGUUCCAGAGGUUUGUGAACUCCACUGGCCACGUGACUGAGGCAGAGAAAUUUGGAGACUCCUUUGUGUUUGAGGGAAUGCUGAGUGAAGCAGUGAAGGCUGACAUCCACCAAGCAGUUGCAGCUGCUCCCUGGUGGUUGCCUGUGAAAGGAGCCAACUGGAAGCAUCCCGAGGGUCCUGACUCCAGUAUCUCCAGCAGGAUGGAUCACCCAGUUCUCCACGUGUCCUGGAAUGAUGCUGUGGCUUUCUGCACGUGGGCAGGGAAGCGGUUACCCACGGAGGCAGAGUGGGAGUACAGCUGCAGAGGGGGCCUGGAGAACAGGCUGUUCCCAUGGGGUAACAAGCUGCAGCCCAAAGGUCAGCACUACACCAACAUCUGGCAGGGGGAGUUCCCAACCAACAACACUGCAGAGGAUGGGUACAAGGGGACUGCACCUGUCACUGCCUUCCCUCCCAAUGGAUUUGGGCUGUACAACAUGGUGGGCAAUGCCUGGGAGUGGACAUCUGACUGGUGGGCUGUCCAGCACUCCUCACAGGAACUCCACAACCCUCAAGGGCCGUCCUCGGGCACGGACAGAGUGAAGAAGGGAGGAUCCUACAUGUGCCACAAGUCCUACUGCUACAGGUACCGCUGUGCCGCUCGCAGCCAGAACACCCCCGACAGCUCCGCGUCCAACCUGGGCUUCCGCUGCGCCUCCGACACCCCACCCGAGCCACAGUGACCUCCUGGCUGCUCCAUGGAACGGCUGGACUGCACCCAGGGAACCAGGGAUGAGGGCGGUGUCACCUGCUGAUGGCACAGAAUUGAAAAAUCUACCGCUUAAAGUUCCUGCCGGGGCGGAAAAAAUCCGACACUAAAUGUUGCUUGGAGAAGCUUCAUGUUCAUGGGGACCUGGCCUGGACUCAAAUCCUGACCAAACUUAGCAGUUGGUUUUGGCAAGAAUGUUUUGGGUUCAAUUGGAACAAAACUGUUUUCAAAGGCUACUUAAUAGAGGCUGGAAAAGACCUCCAAGAUCACAGAGUCCAACCUGUGACCGAUCCCCACCCUGUCACCCAGACCAGCUCCUUUAGCAAAGAUCUUUCUUAAUUAGUUUUAUUUAUGUAGAGUUUAUGUUUCUACAAUUACAUGCAAUAAAAACCAAGGACUUCAUAAAGUUCUAGGCAGCUUUAAAAGAAAUUUGAGGCAGUUCAGAAAUUCUAGGCAGCUUUAAAAGCCAAUGAAGGAAUCAAGAGUGAGGCCUGGGAGAUGACACCUCUCCCCAGGGGCAGCUGCCACAGCCCUUUGUUACAUUCCUGUGCAGUGAAAACUUGAUCAGAAAUGGGCUUUUUUGGGGAGAUUUGCUGCUCUUUAGGAAGUGCCUUCUGCAGCUGGGGGGUGAUAAUCCUCAGGGCAAUGAUGAUUAGAAAUCUUGUACGUGUUUCAAUAAAAUGUAAAGCAUUUGUUUA